CCCAAAAGAAGAAAGGCAAAUUAAACAUUGUUUUCUGUGAAUUGAAAUAGAAUGCAAGAGGCCCAUGAUUUCUCAACACUGUGAAACUGUCAUGUCCCUCAUUCUCCACACAGUCCUCACCUUUGUCUUCAAAUGCUUCAACACAUUACACAUACAUAUCACACCCCCAUUAAUUCUAUUCCCCACCCUAUCACAACACUCACCAUGCCUCCAUCCACAAACCACCACCACCUCUUCUUCCUCACUCUUGCCCUCACAUCCAUCAUCUUCCUCUCUUCUCUCCCCCCUUCCUCAGGUGGGGCUAAGACAUCAAGAGAGGAGGAGGAGGAACUGAGGAAGAUGGUGCUGGGGUCGAGGCCGCCUGCCUGCGUCAACCGGUGCAUGAGCUGCCGGCCCUGCGAGGCUACUUUGGUAAUUCCACCGCACCAAAAGGCAAGUUAUGGUGCAUCUUCUCACAGAGGGGGAGAUGACAGCUACUAUCUUCUUUCUUGGAAAUGCAGGUGUAACGACGACCUUCACCAGAUUUCAGGAUACUCUAGGGAUCUUCUUUGCUGUGCUAUUUUGGAUGUCUUUUUUCUUCUGGUCUUCUAUAUGGGAUGGGGGAAAUGGUGGUAGCCCCAACAAGUUGUCUCGAUUUAGGAAAUAAUUUACUUAAUUAUUGAUCAAAAGGUAGGCUGUGGUCCCAGCUAGCAACAUGUCCAUACCUUAUCACCAUCCAUGGGGGCACAUGUUCAGGUCAAGUGAAUUGAUCGUGGCACCCGAGUGCAGCUCUGCCUCGAUCUCAUUGGUGGACCAAAUGCGGCUAAUGAAUGAUCAAGAAAGGUGGAAUCCGACGGCCCUCUCUGUGCUGUUUCUGAGUCGUGGCAGCCGGUUAUUUGAUGGACCGAGCAAGUGAAAAAGGCACGUCCCAUUUCCCCUUUUGGGUGUUUCUCAUCCUGGCUUUUGAGCAUGACCGUGAAAUUUAUUUAUUUUUUAGUUGGCAUUUAAUUUGGUUUAUAAUGUAUCACCACCAUAUCUACAGAAGUGGAGUGUGGUUAGCUGCUUGUCGUUAUCAUGCUUUUCUAUAA